AUGCUGCUGCGCGUAGGGUGGACGUGCAUCGACCUGGUGAUAAUGAGCAACGUGACGGACACGAGGCGCCACAUCGGGGGCGUGUUGAAUAGCGGGAAGGUGCAGCGCUGGGUGAGGCGGUGCGUGAGCGAGUGCUACAGCCUCUACGACAGGGCCCUCCUCCAAGCGGAAAGAUUGUUGUGGGAGUACAAUUCCAUUGAAUAUGCAGCCAUCCGCAUCAUGAAUCAUGCGGCGUUAUGCGAUGAAUUGUUCGUGGAGGGCAGUCAAAGCAUGCCGGUCCCCGGCUGCGGCGGCGGGGUGUCGCCGUUCUCGGCGAGAAAUAACCACACUGUCCAGUUGUCUGGGAUGGCGCUGGCCGUCAUUCGUCUCGUGAAAAGCUAA